GCAGCCAUCUGUGCUCUGACGAGGGACUAGGAAGGGAAGGUCCCUUGCCCAAAAGAUGCAGCUCCCUCCAGGCUAAGGUCACUGCUUGACCUCCAACUCCAUCUCAAAACAAAAUUCGUCCCAUCUCGCGAGUCUCCGUGGAACCUUGCCUCCUGCUCCGCGUGUCCAGGUGGACAACGGCCGUCAUCGAACCGGCCAUCAGCGGAGCGCGCUGCUGCUGAGUCUUUCGAAACAAACCGGACACCGAAUCCUCUGCAUGACGGAGCAAGGGAGCGGGCAGCGAGCAUGCCACCGGAGCACUGCAAAUUCCUCCCGCAGGGCUCCAAUGAGGGGAUGAUCGGUUUCUACAGCACCCUGCUGGUGCUGGGCGUGGUGGGGAACGGCCUGGCGUGCUGGCGAGUGCUGGGGCCCGCGUCCCGCGACCUCAAGAGCGCUCCGGCCGUAUUCGGCCUCAACCUGAUGGCCGCGCAUGCCGUGCUGCUGCUCAGCCUGCCCUUUCGCAUCGUCCACUAUGCGCGCGAACGCUCGUGGCCGUUCGGCGCGGGCUUCUGCUCGGCCGUGUCGGCGCUCCUCUACGUGCACAUGUACGUCUCCGUGCUCCUCUUCGUCUGCCUCUGCGUCUACCGCUUCGUGCAGCUGUGGCGACGGCACGGCGAUUCUGGCGCGGGGGGCGGCGGCGGCGGAAACGUGGCGCGCGCGGUGCUGCGCGCCUACACGCUGCCCGUGUGCGCCCUGGCCUGGGUGUUCAGCCUGGCGCUCGCCACCCCGGUGUACCUCGAGAUCAUCGGCACCAACACGACGAGGGAUGCGGCCAGGAAGGAGUCCGUCUGCUUCGAGUACAGCGGUCGAGUCGAGGAGCCCUACGUCCUGCGGGUGAACGUGGCACUCACCGCGCUCUACGCCAUCGCGUGCGUCGCGUUCGUCGUCGGCUUCUGCCUCCUGGGCCGGCGUCUGCGGGCGGCGCCGGGGGACGCCGGCCGGGGACGCCCGGGGCGGCGAGCGUGGAGAUGAGGGCGCUGCUCAAGCUGCUGUGGAUGUUCGCCGCGUUCGUGGUGUGUUACGGGCCCUACCACGCCACGCGACUGCCCUACGUGGCGGCGCAGGCGGACGCGUCGGGAGCGGGCUGCGAUGGGAGGCAUCGGUGGUACAUGCUCAACGAGAUGUGCCUGCAGGUGACGGCGCUCAGCACGUGCCUCGACCCGCUCGUAUUCUUCAUCAUGACGCGCUCCUAGUGCGCAGCGCCAGCCACCACGGUGCCCGG